UAGAUGAGGAAGCAGGACUCCAGCGUAUCAUCUUCGACUCUCUUUACAUAGAGCUGAGCUCAGUAAAGCAGCAAAGGAAGAGGGCAAUGGCCAAGUUCGCCCAACUGCUGGCCUCUGCGGCGGCGCUGGCCGUUGGCGCUUCAGCCACGGGCAGCGAAACCGUCCUGAUCAGCGAAGUUGGCCGUUUGAACAACCAGAGCCUGCUAUGGGGUCCCUACAAGCCGAAUCUCUAUUUUGGAGUCAGGCCGAGGCUGCCUCAGGGCUUGUGGACGGGCUUGAUGUGGGGGCGAGCCGAGCAGUACAUGGAUAUUCAGUCGCUUUUUCGAUACACAUGCGAGCAGGGCCAGGAUAUACACGGAUAUGGCUGGGAUGAGUACGACGCCAGAACUGGUGGCGUUCAAACGAUUCACGACGAGGGCAACGGCAUUGACAUCACCACCUCGUUCAUCAAAGUUCCCGGGGGCAAUCAUGGAGGCAGCUGGGCUGCGAGGAUCAAGGGAACCGUCCGAGAUGAUGCACCCGCCGACACCAAGUUUCUAGUCCACUACUAUAUCGCCCAGGAAGGCCUCGGAGAUCUCGAGGUUGAGGGUGCGGAUGAGGACAAUGGACUGGGAUUCGAAGGCGACGUCAGAUUAAAGGGAAGCUCCAAUUCCUUGGGCGAUUACUCCAUCGUCGUCACCAAAGGAAGUGGUAAUCAUCCGACUUCGGACCAUGAGAUUUCAGCCUCACGACGAGGAGACACGACAGUGGUUCGCAGCCUCGGUCUCCCCGAAGAGCAUCUGUGGCAGGCCAAGCCAGCUACCUUUCGGGAAUUGCAAGAGUCCAUCCAGGAGAUUCAACAGAGCUACACCGACGAAACCCUGCCACCGCCUUGGCAAAUGUUCCGGCUCACGUCCAAGCCCGGCGGCGGCAACGCCCACGUUAUUCAGAAGACAUUUGAAGGGUCAUUCGAGUUCGACGUCAUCUUCUCAUCGGCCUCAGCUGGCAGGGAGCUCACUAGCCACGACGUUACCCGGGAGAUCAAGGAGACUUCAGAGGCUUUUGGAGAGCGCUUCUCCAGUGUUUUUGAUCUGAAGGCGCCUUACACUGAUGACAAGUACCGCAAGUUUGGCGAAAGCAUGUUCUCCAACUUGAUUGGGGGCAUUGGGUACUUCCACGGACACCAAUUGAUUGAUCGGUCGUAUGCAGACGAGUAUGAAGAAGAGAAUGAGGGCUUCUGGGAGGAUACGGCUGCCGCCCGAGCACGCCACGCCGAGCAGCUCGAGGGCCCCUACGAGCUGUUUACGAGUGUUCCGUCACGACCCUUCUUUCCUCGCGGCUUCUUUUGGGAUGAGGGAUUCCAUCUCAUCCCGAUUGCCGACUGGGAUAUCGAUCUGACGCUCGAGGUUGUCAAGAGCUGGUACAACACCAUGGACAGUGAUGGCUGGAUUCCGCGCGAGCAGAUUCUUGGCCCCGAGGCCAGAAGCAAGGUUCCAAAGGAAUUUCAGGUCCAGUACCCUCAUUAUGCCAACCCCCCUACCCUCUUCCUGAUCAUCGAGGGCUUCAUGGAGCGUCUUCGCAGUGCCAACGUUAGCGCACCUGCUGGGAAAGAAACGCUACUACAAGGGCAAGAUCUCUACAGCGCUCAUCUGGAUAACCUGGAACUCGGCAGCGACUUCCUCCGCAAGAUCUACCCUCUUCUUCGACGUCAGUACGACUGGUUCCGUAAGACGCAGAAGGGAAACAUCAAGGCCUACGACCGAGAGGCCUUUUCCAGCAAAGAGGCCUACCGAUGGAGAGGCCGAACUGAGACGCACUGCCUCACCAGUGGCCUGGACGACUACCCGCGACCGCAGCCGCCGCACCCGGGCGAGCUUCAUGUGGAUCUCAUGUCUUGGGUUGGAUUCAUGACCAAGUCCCUCAUCAACAUUGCGGAUGCACUCAACCUUGCCGAUGAGAUUUCUGAGCUCAAGAAGAAUCUGUUUGCCAUUGAGCGCAACCUCGACGACCUUCAUUGGUCUGAAAAGGAGGGCUGCUACUGCGACGCAACCAUUGACGAGUAUGAGGAGCAUGCGCUUGUGUGCCACAAGGGCUACAUUUCGCUGUUCCCCUUCCUGGUCGGGUUGAUGCAGCCUGACGAUGCCAAGCUGGGCAAGAUUCUCGACCUUGUUGGCGAUGAAAGUCACCUGUUCAGUCCUCAUGGCCUCCGCAGUCUGAGCAAGCAAGAUCCGCUGUAUGGGACGGAAGAGAACUACUGGCGCAGCCCCGUAUGGAUGCCCAUCAACUAUAUGGCACUGACGCAGCUCCACAGGAUUGCCACGCAGGAGGGACCCUUCCAGAGCAAAGCCAGAGGCUUGUACAACAAGCUGCGCACGAAUCUCGUCGACACCGUGUUCAAGAGCUGGGAGGAGACGGGCUUCGCGUGGGAGCAGUACAACCCCGAGACGGGGGCCGGCCAGCGCACGCAGCACUUUACUGGCUGGACGAGCCUGGUGGUGAAGAUUAUGGCAAUGGCGCCGUUGGACGAGACGGUGCCCGUCAGGGAUGAGCUGUGA